UCUCACCCGCCUCUUUGAGCAGUGAUGUAAGGAUACAUUUGGAAAACACAAUCCACUUCGAAGCAAUGGAUAAUAUUUCUCUGGAAUUAAAAUUAUAAUAUCACCAAAAUCACGACGAGAGCGCGGGCCGCAAUCGAACGAAGAAGAUUGAUCCAGACAUGCGUUUAUUUGACAACUCCGCCAUCAAGAUUGAUUUGUUCCCAGGCAAGAAAGACAGAAAAAAUGCGAAACACAAGAAUGUCGGCGAACCAAAGCUGUCGCGCGAAGCUGCUCCCGCCGCGUACAAUGCGGUUCAGAAGGUUGAAAAGGAGGAGCCCAGGGCCACUGUGAAGGCGGAACCAAAGAGCAAUGCGAGGGAGGAACCCAAGGCCAAUGUGAAGGAGGCAAAGGGAGUCAAGGAAGUCAAGAGCAUGCAGAAUAUGGAGCGACCGACUUAUCAAAGACCGAAUACAUCGCGAUCGUUUCACCACGGCUCGACAGCGGUGACACUUGUGAAUCACGCGGUCAGCGCAAAUGAACACGACCGACCUCACCAUGGCUCGACAGCGGCGACACUUGUGAAUCAGGCAGCCAGCGGAAACGAACACGACCGACCAAGUAUCGUGCACUCCUCGGAGCAAAGCAAUCCUUCUCGCACAUACCAGCAGCCAUGGUCAUCGCCGACACAUGCUACGAGCCAGUCUGUAGACGCACACGAGAAGCAACAACAACGAACAAGCCCUAAUCACUCGGAGCCGAGCAACACUACAACCGAUCAUUACGUCUACCGUGACACUCCCGCUACCGAGUCCCCGACAAGCAGUAGCAGCACCAACGAGAGAGUGACCCGCGACCAACGACGAUCCCGAGCAGAUAUGCAAGAAGAAUGGGAAGCCGAUCAGAAGUUGCGAACCAAUAUUUUGAAGGGUGCCCCCCACUCCACCAACCACGCUCUCAAGAACAAGCGCAGCAAAGCGGAUAUGAUCCGGGCGACGGAGAACAUGGCGAGGACUCUGUCGAGGAGUCCCCAUCGGAGCCCGGCGGGUAGGAGACAGUUGGGUGGUGGAGUGGAUGAAGUUCGCCCGGGCACGUCGUCGAGCAAUGGGAGCUCCAAGUUCUCACAUGCCAGUCCAUCCAGAAGUACCACCACCAACCGCAGCCUCAGUCAGUCUCGUCACAUGAAUGCUACCAAUUCUGACAGCACCGACGAGGCUCAGCAAAAGACCCAACAUGAUGGACUCAGUCCGAGUAAGCUGCCCGGUGUCGCGAAGAAGCAAGGGAAAGCCUUCCAUUCUACCAUCAGAACCUCUCCUCCCCUCUCCAUGGAACCCAACAAAACUACUUGGUCUCCCACCUCCAGCAUUCCCCGCAGGAACAAUCACAGUCGUACGAGGAGUGGUCAGAAUACCACGUCGACUUCCAGUGCUGGAACCAACACCAGCUCUGGCCCCAGUCACUCUCCCCCAUAUGGCAAUUCCAAUGGCCACGUGCAAGAGCCUGGCGUCCAACAUGACGGCUCUCCCAAGCAGCACAGAGACACACGCUCCUCCGUCGACAACAAGAAGAGUGAUCACCUGAGCAUUGCACAGCGAGAGAACUUGGCGACGUCGGAAUAUGCCAAGCACCAGCCUCAGCCCGUAAUCAACCGGUCGAAUGGCACGUGGGCGCCGCCGCAGCAUGACGAGCAGACUCGGGACGUUUCUGCGAAUACCCAGACGAGCUCUGACGCGGGACGUGGAGCAUCAGCAGGAGAUGCCAGUCAAACGCAACAACAGACGCACAAUGAACCAGCCACAAGCUCCCAUGGAGUCAACACCAAUUCGACCACCGCCAACCAGCAGAGCAGAGACGGCAAGUCGAAAAUCCGAAGCGACAUCUCCUACAUGAAUUACUCCCGUCCCGUCACCAACUCCUCGACCUCCACCUCCACCCCCACCAGCCAAACUGUCAACCACUCUCGAUCCAACACCGUCGACUCCAGCACUUCCACGGGAAUGACGAGCAAAAGCACCCAAUCCAGUCGAGAAGUCGACUUUGCCAAACCAGCCCCUCCUUCUUCUUCAAACAAUCGCAAGAAACCCACAAUCAAAGCCCCCCGAAGCAAUUAUGUCGAUUCGGGAAACAGUACCAAAUCACCUCUACAACCUCGCUUUGGUCUCGGGGCGAAGAGUGCAGGAAAUGGUGCUGCUGGUGCUACGACGAAAAAGGAAAAACGUACGUCGGGUUUGGCGAGGAGUCAAAUGAAUGCUAAUGACGAUCAUCAUGUCGUCCAUGCGAAUAAUUCGAAUGGAAAAAAAUUCAGUAACGGUAGUGCUGUGAAGAAUAAUCUUCAGAAUUCUAUGAGGGAUGGUUCUGCUGUUGCUGCUGCCACGGGAGGAGGGGGAGGGGAUUUGUCGCGGAUGGAGUCUGCUAAUAGUACGACUACGACUACGACUAUGACCAGCAGCAACAAGAAAAAACCUGCCCUCACGUUACCUGUUGCUACUAACAAAAACAAUUCCAACAAUACUUCGCACGGAAACGGAGCAGGAGGAGAUGGAACUAACUCCAAUCGAGCCAAAGUCGUCUGCAUCAACAGCGCAGGAAAAAGUACCGUAGUCCCUACCCCCGCCACAGCGAAUUUUGCCGGGAGGGGAAGUGGAAUGAUGAUGAAUGGCAACAACAACAACAGUAACAACAGCAGAAUGAGCGGAAUGAGCAACAGCAACGGUAGAACAAGUCUCCCGAGAAAUUACGUCGACGACGAGCAGGAGGAGGAUAACUACUAUGCCACCCCCGCCGCCCAAGAUGAACAACAACAACAACAACAAAAAGUCGUCUCGAUCAAUAACGGAGGUGGAGGUGGAUUUAGUCCUCGCAACGCUGGUACUGGUACUGGUGGUGGAAGAAGAAGUACCAUGCAACAACAGCAACAGCAGCAACAGCAACAGCAGCAGUAUGAGUAUGAUGAGUAUGAUGAGUAUGGCAAUAACAGAAAAGAAAAAGACGGCAUCGAGAGAAAAGAUAGUGGACAGAGUCAGCAGAAUGAAGGCGAUGGGACGGUUCGAUGGGAUUUUGGAGUGGGGGGUUGAGUUGGAAAUUCUUGGGGUUUGGUUGAUUUUUUUUCUUUGGAUGGAUGCGAUGGAUGCGAUGGAUGGAUGCGAUGGAUGAAUAGGAAUAGGGGUUACCUUAGGUUGGAUUAAGCGGGAGUAUUCAAGGGAUUCAAGGGAUGAAUAUGAAUUCGAGGACUCCUCAAGGGAUGGUUUUGGAUUGGUAUUAGUUUUGGUAUUAGUAUUGGAUUUGGG